AUGAUUAGGGGCCAAGUACCGAAGGUCUCUCUCUCUCUCUAAAAAAAUAGUGUCCUUUAAUAAUUAAUUGUAUCGAUACACUUCCUCUCCAUGUCAUAAAACAAAAUGGGUUUACGCUUCAUCAACGGUGUACAGUAUUUUGUUCGCUUUAUUAUUUUUUUUCCUCAGCAGCACACGUUCAAUGACGUAAGACAUAAACAAGAUGGCUACUUCCACGGGCAUUAGCAAAAGUGCAGCGCCCACUAAAGCAGAUUACCUAAAACGAUAUUUAUCUAAUGAUGAAGCGGGUAAGAAGUCAAAAGAAAAGAAGUUUAAGAAGAAAAGGCCGAAGCCCACAGAGAGCGGGAUGAAAAUCGUGGAUGAUGACAUUGAUUGGAGGCAACUCGCUGCUCACAAAGAAGAGGAAAACAAGGAUGAAGACGAGGAGGAGGAGGCACCUGUGAUAGCAGAAGUGAUAGAUGAACGGCCAGAUGUGGUUAAGCAGUUGGAGGCAUUCCGAACCAGCAACAAGUGGAAAGUGAUGGGUGAUACAGAUCCCCAAGGAAGCCAGGACUCAAUUUUAGAUAGAAGUUCAGAAACUGACAGAGGUCGUGUGGUACGGCUCGACUCACCAGAGGGUUCUCCCGUACGGAGGGUGCGGCACGACUCCCCUGACCUCUCGCCCAAAAGGGUUCGCCAUGACUCGCCAGAUCUCUCACCUCAGAGAAGAAAACGUCAUGACUCACCUGAUCUUUCAUCCCAGAGACACAGAACAGAGAACAAAAACAGACGACAUGACUCCUCAUCGCCUUCCCCUCUAAGAAAGAGCAUCAAAAUCUCACCUUCCAGAUCUCAGAGGCAGCACAAUAAAGAGUCCCCGCACAGAAAAAAGACGAAAGCCAACUCCUUAGGUGACCUUUCGCCCCCCAGGAGACGAGCCCAGACCAGCAAAGGCUCUGACUCAGACCAGUCCCCUCCACGCAGAUGUCCUCAUGAGCGACGGGGCUCAAAGUCAGAUCUUUCUCCACCCAGAAAGCAAGACCAGAGAGGUGGAGGCUCGGAUUCAGAUCUCUCUCCUCCCAGGAAGAAGCACCAGGGGAGAAGUGGAUCUGACUCUGACCUGUCUCCACCACGUAGGAUACGCUCUCUCGAUGGACAGGCAGUAAGUUUAAAUGCCCCUCAAAUGUUAUCUGGUGGAGCUGCUGGCCUAGUCUCUGUUGACACCCUGAGGAAAGAGCAGGAAGAAAUUCGCAGAAGGGAAAAACACAACCAGCCUCUCGAAGAGCAAUCCAGAAAUGUGGAGACCGUGUUUCGAGAUAAAUCCGGUAGGAAACGUGACCUGGACUCAGAGAGAGUUGAGCUCAGCAAGAAAGCUGUAGAGAAAGCAGAAAAAGAUGAGAAAUAUGCAGAAUGGGGAAAAGGGCUUGCCCAGGGUGAAAUGCAGCAGCAGAACUUGGCAGAUGCCAUGCGAGAGGCUCAGAAGCCCCUAGCGCGACACAUAGAUGAUGAGGACCUGGAUCGGAUGCUUAGGGAGCAGGAGAGGGAUGGGGACCCUAUGGCAGCCAUGCUUCGCAAGAAGAAAGAAAAAAAUACUAAAUUGAAAGGAAUCAAAGAUAAACCCUGUUACAGGGGUCCACCCCCUCCUCCAAAUCGUUUUAACAUUAUGCCAGGGUAUCGCUGGGAUGGAGUUGACAGGUCCAAUGGUUUUGAACAGAAGCGGUACAGCAGAAUGGCUGAUAAGAAAGCUGUGCAAGAGAUGGCGUACAAAUGGAGUGUGGAGGACAUGUAGAUCCGCAUGGAGAUAUAGAUGUAUAUAUAGAUUUACGCUGUAAAAACUGGCCACUGUUGACAUGACUGGCUCCAUUAUAGUUCCCACCACACCUGCACACCUUUUCAAGUGUCAUUAUGAAUUGGGAUGUUUGAUUAUAUAGAAAGAUAUGUUUAGUUUGCAUUGAUCAGUUAAAUUUUCUCUAAGCAACAUGCAUUUCUUUAUUGAACUUAUUAUUAAAUUAACUUUUGUAACAA